AUGAGUAAAACUACUGUUAACCAAUCUGCUACAGUUAAAGAGAACCUAGCUGAUACUGAACAGCACUAUUUCAAUUCUUACGACCAUUAUGGUAUUCACGAGGAAAUGUUACAAGAUACUGUUCGUACUUUAUCUUACAGAAAUGCUAUCAUUCAAAACAAAGAUUUCUUCAAAGAUAAAAUUGUUUUAGAUGUCGGUUGUGGUACUGGUAUUUUGUCUAUGUUUGCUGCUAAACAUGGUGCUAAACAUGUCAUUGGUGUCGAUAUGUCUUCUAUUAUUGAAAUGGCCGGAAGAUUAGUUGAAAUUAACGGUUAUUCCGAUAAGAUUACUUUACUACGUGGUAAAUUGGAAGAUAUCGACUUACCAUUUCCAAAGGUUGAUAUUAUUAUAUCUGAAUGGAUGGGUUAUUUCUUACUAUAUGAGAGUAUGUUAGAUACUGUGCUAUAUGCUCGUGAUAAAUAUUUAGUAGAAGGUGGUUUAAUUUUCCCAGAUAAAUGUUCAAUUCACGUGGCUGGUUUAGAAGAUUCCCAUUACAAAACUGAAAAGUUGGAUUAUUGGCAAGAUGUAUAUGGUUUUGAUUAUUCGCCAUUCAUUCCAUUAGUUAUGAGAGAACCAAUCGUGGACACCGUUGAUAAUGCAGCUGUCAACACCUCAAAAAAUAAAAUUAUUGAAUUCGACUUGAAUACUGUAACACUUGAUGACUUAGUCUUUUCAGUUCCAUUCAAGAUAAUUUCUAAAAGACAUGAUUACAUCAAUGGUUUAAUUACUUGGUUUGACAUUGAAUUUCCAGCUCCAAAGGGUAAGAAAGCCAUCACUUUCUCCACCGGUGCUCACGCCCCAUACACUCAUUGGAAACAAACUGUAUUUUACCUUGCCGAUGACUUAGAAUGUGAAGUUGGUGACGUUUUAGAAGGUCAAAUAACUUCAAUUCCAAACAAAAGAAAUAACAGAGAUCUGGACAUUACCAUCGAAUACGAAUUCAAAGCCGAAGGUGUCGAAAAAGAAGAGAGAUCUAAAAAGAAUAAAAAUACGUACAUCAUGCAUUGA